UCGAGGCCAGACAUUUCAGUGGGUGAGACGUUAGCUGUUUGUGCUUUAUGUUACUCAUAUUUAUUUUUCUGAGAUUGAAAAGAAAGUUAGUUCCUGCAUUGUUUGACUUCCAUCUUGACAGCAUAUUGUAGUGAAAGCUUUAGCUUACAAUAUGGUUCCAAAAGAUUUUUCUCCAGGAGAUUUAGUGUGGGCCAAAAUGAAAGGCUAUCCUCCAUGGCCAGCAAAGAUAAUGGAGCCACCUGUAGAAUUGAAGUCUCCUGGGAAAGCCAAAAAGCCACAACAUUAUGUUUUCUUUUUUGGAUCAGAAAAUCAUGCUUGGAUAUUGGAUGAGAACAUUUCUUAUCAUUCUGAAGAAAUGUUAUCUUCAGUUCCAAAAAAGAAAUCUUCACAAUUCCAAGUUGCUAUUGAUACAAUUCUACAAGAAAGUAAGUUGCAGCCUAAAAAGGAAAAGCAGCCAAAAUCUGAAAACAACAUGGAGAUAGUACCAUUUUCUGUCAAGAGCUCUACACCUCUUAAAGUCAAACCUCCUUUCAUGAACAAUGUCCACAAAAAGAAAAUUAUAGAUGAAUCAAAAGCAAGCAAAAAAUUUGACAGGGUGAAAAAAUUAGUACCAAAGUCAUCUACCAAGCUAGUACCAAGGAAACCUAAAAAAAGACCUUCUGACUCAAAAAGCUCAGAUAGUGGACUCUCUCCUUAUUCCAAAGUGAAAAAAACUAACUCUGAUGAUUAUUCUGCCUUUCUCGGAAGUGUUCCAUCUAAUGUGUAUCCAUCAACAUCAAGUUUGUAUAAUCGGCAACCCAUGCAGAGUCCAGGUAUUUUGGAACGUCCUCCUUAUGUGGAACGUCCUCCCACUCCCACAUUAGAUGUUGAGACAAUAUUUGAGGUUCUGAAAAUGAAACAUGUAAAUGCUACAGACAAAAGAAUUGGAUUUCUUGGCCUUGGAAACAUAGGAAGGGGCAUUGUCAAAAAUUUGCUCAAUUCCAACCAUAAAGUUUCUUUGUGGAAUCGUACUCCUGAGAAAUGUGAUGUUUUCGUCAAACUAGGAGCAAACAAAUGUCAAACUCCUGCAGAUGUGGUUGCCUGUUCUGACAUUGUGUUUUGUUGUGUUUCUGAUUCUCAUGCUGCUAAAGCACUUGUUUUUGGAAAUUGUGGAGUUUUGAAAGGAAUGGAACAAGGGCUAGAGCAAGAUCCCCAAGAAACAAAAGGAUAUGUAGAAAUGACGUCUCUUGAUCCAGACACAUCUAAUGAAAUUUGUGAAGCCAUUGCUCUGAAACAUGGAAGAUAUCUGGAAGCUCAUGUUAAUGGAUCAAGAAAACAAGCGGAAGAAGGCACACUAUUUAUUCUUGCUGCAGGAGACAGAUCGUUAUUUAGUGAAUGCAACACCUGUUUCCACGCCAUGGGCAAGCAGGCAUUCUACAUCAGUUAUUCUAUUCAGUAUGGAUCCAAAACAAAUAUUGUUCUCAGCAUGAUGCACGGUGUAAUGUAUGCAGCUCUAGCAGAGUGUAUGGCACUAGUCGACAGACUCAAGCUUUCACAGGAGGAUUUCAUCGAGAUCUUGGAGAUGAGUACACUGAGUUGCCCUGCUUUAAUCGACAAAGGGAGAGCCAUUCUAAACAAAGACUUCACAACUAACACUGCUUUGAAACAUGUCCAUAAAGACUUAAACCUGGCUGUUCAGUUGGGAGACAGCUGUAAUCAACCAAUGCAUAUUACUACCGUAGCGACUGAAUUAUACAAACAUGCGAAAAAACUACGGUAUUCAGAUCACGAUGUAUGUGCCGUGCAUCAGGCAAUGAAGUACUGAAUUAAUAUUUUUGUUUAAAUGUAUAUCAAACUAUGUAUCUUUUAAAUGCAACAGUUGACAUUUUUUACAACAUUGUAAAGUCAUAAAGCCUCAUUGUUCAUUAAAAGAGUAUCACUGAUUUUAUAUAUAUACGUGUGUCUUACUUUGAUUUAUAUCUAAUAAAUAUUUUA